UGUGCAUCUAUUCUGUGCAGCAGUGGGCAGAGAUCUACACUGCAGCGUUGCUCCUGACAGAAAGAACUAGAAACAUCUCCUAAGCUGUCAACGGAAGACUAUAGCUAAGCCAUAUGCUCAUCUACACCAUGGAUUGGGCAGCUACUGCAGGACCAUGAGAACCAACGGCUCUUUGAGAUGCUAGGCCGGAAAUGCUGGACACUGGCCACCGCAGUUGUUCAGCUGUACCUGGCGUUGCCCCCUGGAGCCCAGCACUGGACCAUGGAACAUUGUGGAGCUGUGUGCUUUGUUAAGGAUAAUCCCCAGAAGUCUUACUUCAUCCGCCUCUAUGGCCUUCAGGCCGGUCGGCUGCUCUGGGAACAGGAACUGUACUCCCAGCUGAUGUACCUCACGCCCACUCCUUUCUUCCACACUUUUGCUGGAGAAGACUGCCAAGUGGGACUGAACUUUGCAGACGAAGGUGAGGCCCAAGCCUUCCAGGCCUUGGUGCAAGAGAAGAUACAAAAAAGAAGUCAAAGGCAAAGUGGAGGCUUCCAAUCCACUUGUCUAGCCACAGACCGACGCCAGCUACCACAACCUCCAGCACCAGCCAAUGAAGAGAGAAGAGGAGGCCUCCCACCUCUGCCCCCACACCCAGGUGGAGACCAAGGGGGCCCACCAAGUGGCCCACUAUCACUAGGGCUGGUGACAGUGGACAUUCAGAACCCUGAUAUCACCAGUUCACGAUACCGUGGCCUCCCAGCACCUGGUCCUGGCCCAACAGAUAAGAAACGCUCAGGAAAGAAGAAGAUCAGCAAAGCUGAUAUUGGUGCUCCCAGUGGAUUCAAACAUGUGAGCCACGUAGGCUGGGAUCCCCAGAAUGGAUUUGAUGUGAAUAACCUUGACCCUGAUCUUCGGAGCCUGUUCUCCAGGGCUGGAAUUAGUGAAGCCCAGCUCACUGAUGCUGAGACAUCCAAACUUAUCUAUGACUUCAUAGAGGACCAAGGGGGGCUGGAGGCUGUGCGACAAGAGAUGCGGCGCCAGGAACCUCUUCCACCACCUCCCCCACCAUGCCGAGGAGGGAACCAGCCCCCCAGGGCCCCUAUAGUGGGGAGUAACAAGGGCCGUUCUGGCCCACUGCCUCCUGUACCUAUAGGAAGUGCCCCACACCCACCAACACCUAAGGGACCCCCAGGACGAGGGGGCCCUCCACCCCCACCACCCCCAACCACUGGACGUUCUGGACCACCACCUCCUCCCCCACCUCCCCCACCUCCACCUCCACCCAGCACUGGGGGUGGGCAAGUCCCUCCCCUCCCCCCUCCUACUCUGGGGACAGGGAGUGGCCUGGCCUCUGGUGGGGGUCGGGGGGCACUUUUGGAUCAAAUCCGGCAGGGAAUUCAACUGAAUAAGACCCCUGGAGCCGUAGAGAACCCAGCCCAGCAGCCACCGCCGCAGAGCUCAGAAGGGCUGGUGGGCGCCCUGAUGCAUGUGAUGCAGAAGAGGAGCAGAGUCAUCCACUCUUCAGAUGAAGGGGAGGACCAGGCAGGUGACGAAGAUGAAGACGAUGAGUGGGAUGACUGAGCAGUGGUCCUUUGCUCCUCACUAUAGGCCAGUGGCCCCCACUUCACCUGCUCUGUGCCCACUCUGCUGCCAGAGACCCCCACUGUCAGCUUCCUGAGCCAAACCUCCAAUGCUAUCAUCCUCGCCUGACAUCCACACUCACCCUAGCAAUGCCUACAGGCCUCUUUAUACAAAAUGUUUCCAUUUUCUUGGCUCAAUGAUUUUUAAACAAAAAUAAACCUGUUGUCCU